UCACGUUGAAUAGAAUGAGCAAUCUGUUAGUGUAUCACAGAGAGAGAAUCAAAUGAAAAUCAAAGGCAAAAGGAAUCUGCAGUUAACCAGAAGAGUAAGGAAUGAGCUUUGACGGCGGCGUUACCGUUAUCUUCGUCACAACAAACUCCGUUAUUGCUGUUAACCGACAGCAACAACUUCCAUCGUCUCCAUCGCUAUCAGAAUGGAUCAUCUCUUGAUCCGCAAGUUCCGCCACCGCUUACUUGCUUGGCUUCACCGAUCUCGUUCCGGUAGGGUGUUCUUUGUAAGGAGAAUUCCGUACAAGGAUGUUAAAAGGGCCACUGAUGGUUUCCAGAGAGUCAUUUAUAGCAACUCUGAGGUUACUGCAUAUGCUGCCAGGUUUGGGGAGGGUGGUGGUGGUGUGUUUUUGGUCAAGGAAGUGAAAGAUUUUGGUCAACAAAAUGAUGUUUUCUGCAGACAGAUUCAAUUCUUGGGGCGCUUGCAUCAUCGCCAUCUUCUCUCCCUCAAAGGGUUUUCUGUGGGAAAACAUAAGAGACUGCUCAUAUUUGAUAACAUAGAGAAUGGAAGCUUAAAGGAGCAUCUCAAUGAUCCCUUGAAGACUCCCUUAAAUUGGAGGACGAGGUUGCAGAUUGCUAAUGAAGUUGUGGCAGCACUGGAAUACUUGUUUCUUUUCAGUGAUCCACCGGCAUAUCAUGUCUCCAUCAGCUCAAGCAAUAUUAUGUUAGAUGAGAACUUUGCAGCUAAACUAUCAGAUUUUAGCCUUCUUACUCCCAGUGCAAACUCUGUCAUGAUGCCGAAUUCAGGAGAUAGCAUGAAGCAGAAGAGUUGCAAGAUCAUAUUCCAACUCGGAGUGCUGAUACUGGAAUUGGUCACCGGCCAAUCUUCAGAGAUGGAAGGUUCAGAUUUAAUCCCAUGGAUCCAACAAUCCCGAUUUUACAAUUCCAUAGAUAAGAUGAUAGACCCUGAUCUUGGAAACAAUUAUGACUGUACGGAGCUUAAAAAUCUUCUAGCAGUGGCAAAAUUAUGUAUCAAAUCAAGGGACAAGGCUACAUUUACAAUCUCUCAAUUAUUUCGGUAUCUGCAAAGGAAGAUUGAUAUUUCCCAUGACAAGGUACGAUAGAUGGUUUUUGUUUCUUUAAAAACCUUCGGGGUUUAUUGGGAGAAUAUUUCCCUUGUGUGCAUUCCUUCACGUCUCUUGCCUCUUGGAGAGGUAGUUUGGGUUACUGGCUUACUGCGCCUGAUGCUCCUUUUGUUGAAAUUGAUCUCAGAAAUGAAAUGAUGCAAAUUCAUUAGUUGUAACUUCCGAGUGAUAAAAAAAUAGAUUGUCAAACUGUAAAUCUCACUAUCCUAAAAGGAACAAGAUGCGGUAGUCUCGUGUUUAUGAACAAGAAGCCGCCUAGAAUUGAUAUACACAGCAUUACAUAUCAAAAACAUUAGCGGUAGCAUGGCCGGCAAAACAAUUGUCCGAUCCGAUUCGGAAGAAAACGUCAUCAGUAGCCAAGCUUCUAUCAUGAAAUGUCUGUAUCAUUUCCUAUCAACUACUCAACUAGAGAGUCGGAAACAUUGUCGACGAGCCUUGGAAGUUGGAAGAGCAGAAGAUAUUGACAGAUAAGAGAAUAGUUGCCCGGGCAGGUAGAGUUGGUGUUGUAUUCGGGCUGAGUCCAAGCAUAUCUUUGCAGAAAAUAAUAUCAAACCAACUUAGAUUAAAGAUUUUAAACAUGGCUGUGAACUCCCGUAUCACUUCAAUUCUUGUGCUCGUAUAAUAUAAAAGUUUUUGCAUCCA